AUGAUUAUUGGAUCAUUUAACAUUAGAGGGGGAUCAAGUGCGCUCAAAAGAAGGAGAGUGAAUUCAAUUAUCAAGAAAGGUAACGCGGAUAUUUUUCUUAUUCAAGAAACAAAGUUGUCUAACAUGAAGGAGGCGGUUGCUCACAGUUUUUGGUGUCAUCCAGAGAUCGGUUUUUCUUCCACCGAUUCAGUGGGAAGAUCGGGGGGGUUAAUCACGUUGUGGAGAAAAUAUAAUUUGGAGGUCCUUACGAGUUUUAGAGGCGAAGGUUAUUUGGGGAUUAAGGUGAGGUGGAAAGAUAAUGAUUACUAUGUCGUGAAUAUUUACUCGUCUUGCGACAUAGUGAAGAAGAAGAGGAUGUGGACCGACUUGCUUGAAUUGAAGUUGAAAUUUAAUGAUGGGGAGUGGAUUAUGGGAGGAGAUUUCAACUCGAUCAAGAAUAGUAGGGAGAGAAAAGGUAGGGCGGAUAGGGUUUUUAGCAAAGAAGACGAAUUGUUCGCGGAUUUUAUUCUUUUGAGCAACUUGAUGGAUGUUCCGUGUAAGGGUAAAAAGUUUUCGUGGUUUAGCGGUGAUGGUAGAUCGAAGAGCCGUAUUGAUAGAUUUCUCUUAUCUAGUACGGUGGUGAAUAUGUGGGAUGUGGUUGGCCAAAUGAUAGGAGAUAGGGAUAUUUCGGAUCAUUGCCCAAUUUGGAUUAUGACGGACAACCAUAAUUGGGGGCCUAAACCAUUCAAAUUCAACAAUGAAUGGUUCUCUAAUGCUUCUUUCAUGCCUUUUGUGGAAAAGGAGUGGAAAAAUUUGGUGGUCCAUGGUCGAGGCGAUUUUAUUUUGAAGGAGAAGCUUAGACUCAUUAAAUACAAAAACAAGAAGUGGAACAAGGAUGUUUUCGGGAAGAUUGACCUUGAGACUGAGGAAGGAGUUCACGACAUCAAUACCGUGGAUGAGAGGUUAGAUUUCGAUCUUUUAUCUUCUUCCACCGUCGAUGAUGACAUUGUUCUUAGAAAGGAGGCGACGGGUAGAUUUUGGAGAAAUCUAAGGAUUAAGGAGAACAUGCUAUUGCAAAGAUCUAAACUUUUGUGGCUAAAAGAGGGUGAUACUAAUAGUGCCUUUUUUCAUAAAAUGAUGAAACAAAGGAGAAGACAAAAUCAUUUAGGUCCGAUUAAUUCCACGAGAGGUGUGGUGGAAUCGGUGGAAGACAUUAGGGAAUAA